GGUUACCCAAGAUAAAAGAAACCAUAGUUACUACUGCAGAAGCAUAGAGAGAGAGAGAGAGAGAGAGACGCAGAGGGAGUUUAAGAGAGAGAGAAAGUAACAAUGAGCCAACGUAAACGCAAGAAAGCACAGCUGAAACAACAAAAGGCAUCAUCAUCCUCGUCGUCGUCAAUGGGGACUCAACCUCCGUCAAGGACUACACCUCCGCCUCCACCUCCUCCACCACCGAAGGAAUCGUUCGCUCGCCGUUACAAGUUCAUUUGGCCUCUUCUCUUGACUGUCAAUUUGGCCGUUGGAGCUUAUGUUUUCACGAGGACAAAAAAGAAAGAUACGGGCGAGGGAGAAGUGCCAGAUGUUCCAUCUACCCCAGCUUCAACCACAGCUGCUGCAACUGCUCCGGUUAGUGAAAAACCAUUUUCGCCUCCAGGCCCUCCACCUCUCGAGGAGCCUGUGAUGUUACGCGAUCCAAUACCUGAGAAUCAGCAGCGUGAACUUUUCAAGUGGUUAUUGGAAGAGAAGAGGAAGGUGAAGCCAAAGAAUCCCGAAGAGAAGAAACGCAUCGACGAAGAGAAAGCCAUUAUCAAACAGUUCAUUCGAGCCAAGUCCAUUCCGACUUUGUAAUUGAUGGUUCCGUGUGAUUAUUUUGAGAUGACCAGAACUGGAAUUUGGAAUUUGUUCCAUGGAAUAUGAACCUUUUUACUUUUGUCUA